GCCAGCUAGCCUGGAGCAGUCAUCGUCCUUGUCGACACAUUUUACACCUCGACAUCGUCUCUCGCUCCCCACUUCAUCAUAUCGCAGAGCCGAUAACAGUGCAGGCAUCGCCUCCACUCGGUUCACACACCCCUUCCCUCCAUUCUGGUCGCUCGGCUGGCUCUUAGCGCUCGCCGGGCGCAACUCGGCGUAGCGGUGACCUUCCUCGGCCCUCGCUCGUCGGCAGCGCUGUCGAGACACAGCUCGACAAUACUCCGCCUCGCAACCUACAGGACACUUUCUGCCUCGCACAGUCUCCACACCUAUACCCCGCGUCCCGUCUUUGCGAGCUCACUCAUGCCAGGAGCCCGUGACUUGACCACCAGCUCCUCCUUUCCACCUCGCAACGAGCCCAUUGGGUCUUCCUCAUCUCGUAACAACAACUGGCGGUCAUACCGAGACGGUUCGAACGCCCACAGCGCCUCGUCCUCUUUAACCCACAGUCGCAACGGCUCGCCUGGUCGCGCGCCCUUCUCGAGCUCAUCCCUACGAAGCAGCCCAACGGGGACGUCUGGGAUUCAAGAAGGCUCGGACGCAUUCGUACCGCCUCUGAUUGACCGUAUCGUGUCAUCUGAUUUCAAGAAACGCGAACGUGAAGCUACCCCCGAGUUUACAGGCCGUACAGCCAAGUCCGCUCGCGCAGACAUGCCGCCCCCGCCCCGUCAUCGUGGCAGGUCCAAUGGACACGGUGGUUCGCGCAAGGCCCCUCCACCACCCGCUAUCGUGCUUCCCGGACCACUAAGGAACCGUGACCAGAUCUUGCAGGAGUUUGGACAGAAUAUUCAGCUCAAGCCGCAGUGGGAGGAGAACCCCAAGGCGCCGCUGGCCAACUAUCUCGGCGGCGGCACGGGCGGUGCCCAAAACUUAGGUGGCGGAGGAUCAGGCUUCCAAACCGAGGAAGGUGUUGUCGACGGUGUAAAGGUGUUCCGUGUUUCGGUCGUUGGAGACCCGAUCGAAAACAUCAUCGGCAUUGGAGACCAUGCGAGCAAGAAGGAGGCCGAGAAGCUAGCCGCGCUGAGUGCUGUUUUGCAACUCAGCAGUCGCGGUCUUCUCGACAAGAGCAGAGCGAAAUCUGUCGCUGCCGCUCGCGCCAGCGCCGCCGCAGGACCAAGCUCGGGCCCGACCGUGGUCGGCUCUGCCCCGGCGUUGCCAGUCGGUGAAACGACGCGCCUCAGCGACGGUACGGAAGUCACCUACGACCGUGCUCGAGCAUUCAUGGAGUACUACUGCCAUCGCUACAAGUUUGGCAAGCCUGACCUCGAGUUUUCAUCAUCAGUCGUCAAGCCCAGGAAGGGCAGAGGCGGUGGUGGCCCUGCCAUCCAGUUUUGGGAGGCGGUCAUGAGCGUCAGUGGCCGACGAAUCGGUGAGGGCAAGUCGGGUACCAAAAAGGGGGCGCAAGCGCAAGCGUACCUCGACGUCACCCGAUAUCUCGAAGGAUGCGACCCGCAGCUAUGGCUCGACUUUGUGGAGGCUUCGAAGAAGGACGGUAGCGCAAACGUCGGCUUGGCCCCACACCUCGCGUUCACAAUGUCCGAGCAGCUCAACGACGAGGUGCAGUCUCUCUGCGGCGACAUCCGUCAUUCGUUGCUCUACUACAAUGCACCACCAGCAAACGUCCAGGCAACAAGUGCACACCAACUCCCCGCUUGGAGCGGUGGAAGACGAUUCCAGGCCUCCGAGUCGGAGCUGCGCGCAAAGUCACUCCAACUUCAGGACAAGCUGGCAUCGUACGAAUCGGACCCGUCAUUGGAACGGAUGAGGGCGACACGAGCCUCGCUACCUGUUCACACCAAGGCGACGGAUAUUCUGGCCAAGAUCGAGGUCAACGAUGUGACCAUCGUCAUGGCUGCCACUGGAUCAGGCAAGACGACCCAGGUUCCGCAGCUCCUGUUCGACGACUACAUCAUGAGAGGCGAGGGCGCACGCUGCAACAUUGUGUGUACGCAGCCACGUCGUCUUGCUGCCAUGUCGGUCGCAGAGCGCGUGGCGGACGAGCGUGGAGACAGCCUCGGCAACGAAGUUGGAUACCAAGUGCGUUUCGACAACAAGCUGCCCCGCCCGAACGGCAGCAUCACCUUCUGCACCACGGGUAUCUUCCUCAAGCGCAUGCAGUCGUCCCUAGGCGCCCAGGCCAACGCGGAUUCCGUUGCCAGCAUGGACACUGUGACGCACAUUGUCGUCGACGAGGUUCACGAGCGAGACAUCGACACCGACUUGCUACUGGUCGUGCUCAAGCGUCUUCUUGCUGACCGCAAAGCCCGUGGCAAGCCCAUCAAGAUCAUCCUCAUGUCGGCCACCAUCGACCCGCACCUCUUCCAGCGAUACUUUGCCGAUGUCCGCGGUGUACCGGCUCCGGUGGCAGAAGUCCCAGGCCGCACCUUCCCUGUCGCCAAGCACUACCUUGACGACUUCCUGGAUGACCUGAGCGACAACCUGCCGGUUGCAAUGGGCGGCUGGGUCUUCCAGGACAAGAAGGUCGUCGAGUACCUCAACAAGGAGCUGAGCAACGACCCGAUGAACUUUGUCAAGACCACUGGCAUUACCGGCGGAGAGUUGGAGAUCCCGUACCCACUGGUCGCCCUCACCAUUGCCUACGUUCUGCGCCAAUCCGAUGAUGGCCACGUCUUGGUCUUCUUGCCUGGUUGGGACGAGAUCAAGAAGGUCGCGGACAUUCUCCUCUCCGGCAAGUUUGGGUCUCUGCUCGGGGUCCCGUUCAACGACGAAUCAAAGUAUAGCGUCCACUACCUUCACUCGACCAUUCCUGCUGCGGAGCAGCGCGAGGUGUUCAGGCCACCACCACCGGGUGUGCGCCGUAUCAUCUUGGCCACCAACAUUGCGGAGACCAGUGUUACCAUCCCCGACGUGGUCUACGUUGUCGACAGCGCGCGCGUCAAGGAGAAGCGGUACGACCCCGAUCGCCACAUGUCGUCGCUGGUGUCCGCAUGGGUCGGCUCGUCCAACCUGGGACAGCGUGCUGGCCGUGCUGGUCGUCAUCGCGAGGGAGAAUACUACGGUAUCCUUUCAAAGCGCCGACUGGCAUCGCUCGACCCACACCAGCUUGUCGAGAUGAAGCGUUCCGACUUGAGCAACGUCGUCAUGCACGUCAAGGCGCUCAACCUCGGCGAAGUGGAGGACGUCCUGGCGGCCACUAUUGAGCCUCCAGAGCCUCCACGUAUCGUCGCCGCGAUGGAGACGCUCCACAUGCUCGGCGCCCUUGACCAGAACAAGAACCUCACCGCCCUUGGACGCGUCCUUCUCCAGCUGCCUGUGGACGCGGCAAUCGGCAAGCUCUGCCUGUACGGCUCGUUCUUCCGAUGCCUCGACUCGGCUCUCACCCUGGCCGCCGUGCUUACAAACCGAGACCCUUUCCUGGCGCCUCUGGAGAAGAAGGUGGAGGCUUCUGCGGUCAAGGACUCGUGGUCGCCGAUUGCUUUCCGCUCAGAUCCUCUCGCCGUUGUGGCCGCUUACAACACAUGGUCGGCCAUUGACGACAGGAGGGACUACCACCACGCCAACCGAUUCUGCUCGGACAACUUCUUGAGCAAGCCGACUUUGCAGCAGAUUAAGCAAGUCAAGGGCAGUCUGCUCCAGUCACUCGACCAGGCUGGUGUCAUUGCCGUGUCAGCGGGCGGAAAUGUCGGGCGCAUUGGUCGCGGCCUCGAGGUGCCUCCUGCACUUCGUGAAAACGACAACAGUCUGCCUUUGCUGGCGGCACUCAUCGCCAUGGCCACGGCGCCAAACUUUGCGAUCCGCACGUCGGAGAAGACAUGCCGGACAUCUCAGGACAAGACCGUGUUCAUCCACUCAUCGAGUGUCAACGCGCGUCGACGAGAAAUCGGCGGCCCAGAGGAGCCAUCGGCGUCUUUCAACCCCGCUGAGAAGCGCCUGUAUGCCUUCGGCGAGAAGACACGCAACGUUCCACCGGGCGGUCACCCCAACAACGCCAUGACACAACUUCGCGUUGUCACUCGCCUCGACCCCAUGACGUACAUGCUGUUUGGCGCGUACAAGCUCUACGUGACGCAGAGAGGCCUCGAGUGCGACAACUGGCUGCCAGUGACCGGCAAUCUGCACGCCCUGGAUGACGUCCAGCGUCUGAAGACGCUCCUCGAAGCUUGUAUGCUGCGAGUGUUCGAGGGCGUCGGCAAGAGUCUUGUCCGCGACCGGGACCAGCGCUUUGCUGCUAGGUCCAAGGCUGUGGAAGUGCACCACGGUACCAGCAGGAUCAACGACGAUGGUCAGCUGGACGAGGAGCGUGAGAACGAGUCGGACGAUGAUGACGAUGAUGUCGACAUGACUGGGGUCUCGGGAGCUGCCAAGUUCCAGUACCAGUUGCAACAAAAGCAGACGCGCAAGGUUGAGCCUUUGAGCCGUGACGAGAUCAAGGAGCUCGAAAUGCUCACCACGGACGUGGUGCGCAUCCUUGACGAGUAUGCCCACGAGCGCGAAGGUACGAGCCAAUACAACAGCCGACCUGCGACGCCUUCUGGUGUGUACCGCCCUCCGCGGGGACGGACGUCCAAGUGGUAGGGUGUGGGGGGAGCGAGGAGGUAGAGGAAGGAGGCUGUAGCCUCGGCGGGCUUUCAGAGCCUGCGAGAGACGACAUUUGCAUAGAUUUGGUCUUUUGUGGAUAGAUGCAC